GUCGAGCCGAAGCUCUGUCCGAAUUACGCCGAAAAAAUGGUCGAUUGGUGACAAGGAGAAGGGGUUUAUGUUGAUGAAUUUCAAGCGGUUGGGGAGGACGUCGAUAUAUACAACCAACGGUAUUAUCUCGAGCAAGGACCGGUGGAUCCAACCGACUUGUACGACCAACCCAACCAUCGGUCAAGGGAUGUUUGGAACGAUCACCCGAGCUCAUUGAUGGCAGAGGAAGAAGGAAGAACGAAACGUACUGCAGCAACUCAAGGCAGAAACGUUUCCAUCUAACUCAAGCGGAAGAUUGAAGUGACGUCGUGGAGGUCUCUGGUUAACCGUUAGGUGGAGCAAAGGAGGCCAAUUAAACAGAAG